AUGCCAGGAAGCGAACCAGUCACAAUCCAGCCCUCAGAGCAAGCCAAAUACCUCGGCAUUUGGCUCGACAAACAACUCAGUUUUAACGUACACCGCAAGAAGCUACUAGCUAAGGCCGCUGGCAGCUUAGAAGCCCUCCGGGGUAUCUCAGGGUCUACGUGGGGUGUAUCGCUGAUGUCUAUGCGUAAGCUCUACCAGGCUGUCAUUGUGCCGCAAGCUCUCUGGGGCAUAUCUGCAUGGUACUGCCCUGCAGCGCGCAGGAUGCCUGCCUGGGAAAUGGCCCGGCUAGUCAAUGAGCUAGUGAAAUUGCAGAAACGUGCGGCUGUUUUGAUCAGUGGCGCUUUCAAAAGCAUCUCCACGGCUGCAUUGGACAUUGAACUCUUCUUGCUUCCGAUGAAAUUACGCCUACAACAGACCAUUGAAGAAUGCGCAAUGCGCAUCCUCACCGGCCCGCAAUGGGCCUGCCCCCGAUCGGCAAAAAUGGCUAGGAAGCCGACCGAGCGACGCAUUGGAGGCUGGACCCCGCUAGAAGCAUUGGUCUGGAAGAAGGGACCCCUCAAACUCGAAUCGAGUAAUACGGACUCUGCGGAGAAAUGGGAGGAAAGAGUUGCAUUUGUACUGCCACCCUGGGAGAGACGAAUCUCGUGCUUCAUUGAACCCUCGGAGGCUGCAUUAGCAACCCAUGACACUAUUAUCCAACAGAAGAGGACACAGGAAGACACGGCUUCCUUUAUAUACACCGACGGUAGUGGCUUUGAAAGCCACAUUGGUGCAGCUGCCGUCAACAUCCAUGACGGUGAUACCGUCAUCUCCGACCGUAGAUAUCUCGGUACGGAGCGCCAGUCCACGGUGUAUGCUGCCGAGCUCAGCGGCAUCGAAAUGGCAUUGGACAGGGCCAUUAGCGACAACAAGGGAACACCAACAUCCACAAAGGCUCGGGAGGUGAUCAUUCUCUCCGACAGCCAGGCUGCUAUUCAAGCAGUCCAGAACCCACAACGACCGUCGGGCCAAGACGUGCUGUCACUGCUAUAUGAUCACGUACGGGUCCUACGAUCACAAUCGAUAUCUAUCACCCUCCGUUGGAUCCCCGCUCACGUCGGGGUGCCUGGCAAUGAAGCUGCCGAUGGCAAUGCGAAAUGCGCGGCACUCGAAAGUGCGGCAGGUGCGACCAGCGGAGGCGGUACCGGAACGGAUCAACCGACCAUCCGACUAGCCGCCGCGGCGAAACGGAUGGUACGGGAACGGAUCCAGGACCGCUGGAAGAAACAAUGGGAGAGCGAGAGGACUGCUCAGCCCACAAAGCGAUUAGUGAAAUGGCCGAACAAGAAGAUGCGAUUAAUGCGUAUUGCGCUGCGACACUUCUUGUAUAAGAUCAAUGAAGUGGAGUCUGACAAAUGCCCCUGUGGAGAGGGCUCUCAAACGCCGAGGCACGUCUUGCUUCAAUGCCAGACGUACGGCGCAUUGAGAAAGCGUCUAUUUGACCAGUUGCAUCGGGCAAUUGGGCCAUUUGAUAUGUUUAAUUAUGACAACAUUGUUUCGAACCCGCUGGCAACCCGCUACGUUGCUAAAUUCAUGCAUCAAACCGGUAUUCUUGCCCAGUUUCAACACGCUGAGCAAGAAGAGUCCGAUGAUGAAUCUGGAGACCACGAGGGAGGAGAGAACCUCGAUGCGCUAUUCGAAUAUACGCUGCCGGACUGGACGCUGAACAACGAUAAUCAGCAAUCGAGGCUGAAGUGA